ACACGUAUUCGGCCGCACAUGCUGGAAAUGGCCUUCUGCGAAAUUCGCAGUCACUUUCGCCACCUUUUCACCCUUUGAUCAAAAAAGAACUGCUGUAAUUCGACACUUAAGUUACUUGAAGUGAGUUCAUUGACAGUGUAAUCUUUUGUCCGAGAUGAAAACUUCAGAUAAGAGCAGUCAAAUAAUCGAUCAAAAUACAUUAAAGAGACAUUAAUAAAUGUUGACCAAUUUUCUUAUUGAAAGAUGUGAGAACUGUUAAUCUAGAUGUCAAUUCCACUUAAUCAAAAUGUGCUGCUUUGUGAAAAACUAUGUCGUCAAGAAACAGAACUUCCAAUGUGAAUCGUCAAAACUGUGCGCUUUUGUGUUUGCUAAUUUCAAGUCAAAAAACUAAAUCAACCGUAUUUAAGGAACAGUUUGCAUAUGAGUAUAAGUGAAUGAUUGCAAAUGGUAGGAUUAGUAGUUGGUGAAUUCGAAACCAUGAGAGGGGACCUCAAUUUCGUAACGGAUAUUCGAUGGACGUUGAAUUUCCCUCAGAUUCUAUUGUUCGUGAUCCUCGGAUUCUUUCGAGAAGUCGAGCCGAUCAAUAUCACUACCGUGAAUAUUCCAAAAGUAGUAAAAGCAGGCACAGAGCAGAACAUUGUCUUGGACUGUAUCUAUAACAUGGGAAAUUCGCCUAAAACCGGCCUUGUGAUUAAAUGGUUUGUGAACCAAGACUUGCUUUAUCAAUGGAUCCACGGACACAAGCCAACCGGGUCGGAUGAAUUUCAAAAGUACAUUGAUGAAUCAUAUAAGGCGAGCAACGACCCGGAUACGAUGUACAGGGCUGUCAAGUUAGUUCGCCCGGGACACGAGCUUUCCGGUAACGUGAGAUGUGUCAUCUCUACACAGUACGAUGAGGUUGAUGCUAGCAGGAGAAUGCUAGUUUAUUCUCCUGAACGGGUCUUGCGGUUAUCGCAUUCAAAGAUUGACGAAGGGACAAAUCAGGUGACUGUCAGAUGUGUGGCUGAAGACGUGUAUCCUAGGCCAACUAUCAUUAUUCGCCAAGACAAAGAGCCAAUCUCGGGGUUAAAUUUCUACUAUAAAAAUAAUACUGAUGGGCGGAUGAAUGUCCAAGCCGUUGGAGUUUUAGAUGUGGACAAACUACAACUGCCUAUCAUUUUACAGUGUGAGGUCCUCAUUCGGGAGGCCAAUUACUCUUCCAUCCAAGAAUACAUUUAUAAUGGUAAAUAAAAUAUUGAAUCAGAGAUUUCACAAAUCACUGUAAUAUAAAGAUACUAAUUCUGAAGAUAAAGUGUACUCGUAAUUCUGAAAUAGCUCGAAAUUUAACUUAAGAUUGCAUUUCUCCAGGAAGAAAAUAAAAUGAGAAUUUCAAGAUA